UGAAACAUAGGAAUCGUAGCUGCAGUCAUCAUACUGAUCAUCAUGAAGGUUUGGAUUGUGUGUGUGCUGCUGUGUGCUACCUUUACACUGAGGACUGUUACAGCUGCAGCAAAUGAGACUGGAUCUGAGAAGGAACAGGUACUUCAAGUUCGCAAUUCGUUGGUAAAUUCCUCAGGAGAAACUACAGAAUUGGCUGUUGAAGAGUUGAUUAAUGAAGUUGAGGAUAAAGAGGAAGCUCCCGAAGUCAAUACUGCUGAAGUUAAAUCAGGCAUCUGUCCACAUGGAUGGGUCAAAUAUGGAUCACGCUGCUUUCGACUCAUUAGAACAAGUCUGUCCUGGAUUGGUGCUGAGGAACAGUGUGCAGCUGAACAGGCAAGACUGGCAUCUGUACAAAGUCUUGGGGAUCAUAAAUUCCUGCAGAGUUUGCUUGAUAUGGCUGGUCUGUCAAAGGCUUGGAUUGGUGCUUACAACUUCCAGGGAACAUGGCUGUGGGUUGACACAGCUCGCUUCUACUACAGUAACUGGUACUCACUGAGCAAUGUGGGCAGCUACCCAUGUGCUCUCAUGAACAGUAAUGUUGGCUGGUCCAAUACUUUCUGUGAAAUUGGAUACCCUUACAUCUGUUCUAUUGACCUAAAUAAAUGCUAAAGGCCAUAACUGAAUAAUUGUCCAUCAUUUUGAAGCUGAAAUUGCUAAAUAAAUUGUUUUCAGAACACUGUCGAUAUCAAUAAAAAAAUACAAAAACAAACAAAUGGUUGUGUUAUUAAAAUACUAAUAUUUUUUAACAGUAGUAUUAAUGACUUGUAUUUCCGAAGUGGAAUCAUUUUUAACCUAAAUUUACAAACAGUUUACUUAAAGCUCUUAGGAUGGAAAUAGGCACAGCUGGAAAUGUGCCUAUAAGUAGACACUGUUAGGAAUCUAACAGGGCUGAAAUGUAACUAAAACAGGCUAUUAAAAAAUUUAUUAACCAGGCAAUAAAUCAAAAACAAGUGACAUAUUAGUUCAAAAUCAUGUCAGUUUGAGUCACGUACUAGACAUAACCACCACCUGAUAACUGCUACUACUGGAUCAGCUUGAACGUUAGUAUGUUUGUGAAUGAAAAUAAACGAUCACAGAAUACAUAACUUCAUUCAUGACAGUAGUGCUGGCUGCUUUCUAAAAUAUGAAUAUUGAAUCUUGUUCAUACACUCAAUUGAAUGAAGGAAUAAACAAAUAAGAUUUCCAUUGCAAAACAUUGAGUGUCAUAAAGGUGGUGAUGAUUUUGAAACUAAAUUCAUUCAGAAAAAAAAUUUGGAUCUUUAUUUUAUUUAUUUAUUUGUUUGUUUGUUUGUUUGUUUAUUUAUUUAUUUAAUUGUUUAUCCAUAUAUGCUAGACAGCAGCCAGCACUACCAUCAGCAUCACACUUAAAAGUUAUAUGUUUUAAAAAGAAUGGUAAUCAACCUUCAGUACAGAUCCAGUCACUUGUAGAAGCAAUGCCCAAUCUGUUAGGGAGGCUCAAGGUGACUUAACACCUUACUUACAGACUUUCCCUUUCACUUGUGUGCAGUCUUGCAUUAUUGUUGUCAUUUUUAAUGUACAGUCAACAUUCAGUAUUUCUCCUAAUGUAGUUUUGUUCAUUAACAAUCAGCACAGUACACAGUCUGCAAUAAAAAUAUUCAUGAAUGAAGUUAUGUAUUCUAUAAGAGUUGCUGUGGACUAUUGUGAUGAACCCACAUUUACAUUUUAUUUCUCUAUUGUAUUGUUUUAUUUUGAUUUGAUUCUGUAUUUUAUUUUGUCAUAUGGUCAUCUAUUUGUCUGAUUAAGUACAUGGCAAUAACAUAAAGAUAAGUAAUAUACAGUGGUAAAGAUGUUAUCAAUGUUUAAUCCUCUUAUGCUUUGUUUGCAUGGAGAGCAGAGAAAAAAAAAACAUAGAAAAAGUUCAUGAGCAGGUCAACGAGUUCGGAUACGGUCAAAUGGCUAGUGAUCAUCUCGGCAUGCUUUGUGAUUGGUUCAUUCUUGAUCACACGCGAUAGAGCGUGAAUUUGCGGAGGAGAACUUUCUGGUAGCGCGACUUCGGUGGGAUUACGGACAAGGUUCGGAUGCACUUUGUUGUCGCGAGGGACAUGGUUGGACCAUAUGUCUUCUCACUUAUUGGAUCCCUUUCUUUGCACAGAUCUCGUGGACUUUCUCGGGAGUGGAUACCAUACUUUUUUGGAUGUUUUCCAGGAUUUUUCGCGCCGUCACCAUUUUGAAACAGUGACAGAGACACUACGUGCAUGCAUGUGCGGUAGGAUAGUCGAGCUGGCCAUGCCUAAAGGACAGUGAGAUGUAUCUGCAGGCUACUGGUAAUGUUAAUAUGUUUUGGGGUGUUUUGAAUGUGAACCUUUUUGUUUAAGAUAAAAAAAAAAAAAAAAGAAAUGACUGUGAUAUAACGAGCUGUAAUUUUAUUUCAAAUGGCUUUCAGAUAAAUGAUUGAAACGGAUUCAUGACUCCAUGCCUGUAUUUGCUGCUACCCUAGUACGUAACAAAAAUUGGGGGCUCGUCCGGGAUAUUUACCAUUUUUACGAGUCAUUUGCAUUAAGUUAGCAUUUAUUAAAUCCAAGUGAUUGUUUUUUUUCCCUCUCGUAAUUAUGGCAGCAGCAGUAAAAGAGUUUUUGGAAUUACCUACUGUUAAGGGUCUGCAGCAAUUGAGAAAAACAGAUUUAUUGGAAGUUGCUAAGAUGCUAAAAUUAGCUGGUUUGAAUGUAAGUUACGGAAAAGAAACGAUUGUAAAAGUGAUAGCACAACAUUACAUUUAUAUUUACAUUUGCGGCAUUUAGCAGACGCCCUU